AUGGCUGCCCCUGUCUUCAAAGGUGCAACCAAUCUAUUGGGAACGUGGAACUUGAACAGGAAGUUGUCAGAUGAUCCCGACAAAAUAUUUUCCCUGCAAGGCGUACCCUGGGUGGUUAGAAAGGUCCUCCAAUAUGCAAACCUUUCAUUAGAAAUUCAACAGGCAAUUUUCCUGCCAGAUGGGACCACCACAGAAUUUAAAGUCGAUGAUUCUGGGCUCGACUCUCCAGCCGAUGCGAUCACAAUCCUUCGCAUCAAACAGACUGUCAACCCCGGCGGAUUUAACAGCGAAGGGAUAUACCACCUGGACGGAAACCUUCAAUCCUUUUCGCUUCCUAUUUUCGGUGAUGUUAGAAUGAAAUUGCAAUACAUAAAUGUGGCAGAUAUUCCCAACGAGCCUCUACGCCAGAGGCUGGACAAAGCGAAUCCGUCCAGCAUCGUCAUUGGCGAGGUUGCUCACAAUCGAGCUAAAGGAUGGGAGGCGUAUGUUAUCUGGGCCUUUGAACUCGUUGACGGAAAGAGAUAUCUGACUCGUAAUGUUUCCACCUCCAAGGGCAAACAAAAGGUGGAGGCCAGGAUGGUCUAUGAUUAUCAUGCUUAG